GAUGGCGCGCUGAAGUGUUGUUGAUGUUCCAGGUGCGCAGUGCAAAUCUAGCUUUGUCUUUAUUCUGAAGGUCGGCUCAUUUGCAUAAACACGACGCGUGUGCGGUUUCCAAUGUAACGGCUAUCUCGGUGCCCGAGAUAAAUGUAUUAGAUACUCGUAGUGGCAGCGUGACUCGAGUGCGAGCUUGCGGUACCGGUCACCAGCUGGCUUCACCAUGGACACGAGCAAGACUAGCAGCAUUAAAUCGCUGCUUCUUCAGGCAUGGAGAGAGAGGUGGACCGAUGUGAGAUGGGGCAUCAACAUCAAGAAUGUUCUUCCGCGUGGCGUCAGCGGCGACGUGUACGACCUCGCAGACUGCAUUCUGCAAGAAGCGUUGGUAGGUCCCGGGCCCAACAAUCUCUUCUUGUCCUACCUCACGCACUGCUUGAGCGCCCAAGUGGUGUCCUACGGAGCGGUGCUGUCGAGCAUUGGCCGAUUUCAGUCGUUUUUUAAACCUCCGUGCAUUUUGAGCCUGCUUCAGCUGCUGUACAGCAUACAAGCCAAGAUAACCUGCCACGGCAACGAAGAGGAAUGCAUCGCCUUGUGUAAGGCCAUAGUGGGCGUCACUCACUGGCUGUACCUGUGCAUGUGCCACUCGAUCGGCAAGAUCGUUGAGCUGAAGCAGAGCGCAGAGCACGGGCUCAUCUUGGAAAAGGCCUACGAGUCGCUUUCCUUCUUCAGCGAGUCGACGUUUCUUAAGGCGCUCUUGUACAUCGGCAAGCACGAAGAGCCCGCCGUGUACGCGCAGCUCGUGCAAAAGCAGCAGGAACUGGAAACCAAGUUGAGCCAAUCGCAGGGCUUCAGCAUACCCAAAGACACGCUGGAAGGAGCGUUGAACUUGGUCCGCCUCGUGGACGACAUGCCCAAGAUAUCGGCGUCCUCCUGCGUCAGUGGCCGCGUGCCCAAGCAGCCUCUAGUGUGCAGCCUCAACGCCAACGUAGCGAUAGAGGCGGUGCUGAAUCCUGCCAGCGACAUUCAGAGCACUGUCGACCAUCUACUGCUCAUGAAGAAGCUUCUGAACCUCACUUCGGCAGAGCUGUACUGCGAGAUAAUUAGAGCUGGCUUCAUGGGGCUGGCCAACAGUAGCAGCGAAGACUUGAAGUGGGCUGCUUUCACAUUUCUUAAGGUCCCGCAGCUGCUGUUGAAGAUACACAGUGCUCGAAAGGAUGAUAGACAGUGGGAGGAGGAGCUGGAAGCUGGUCUGAUGCAGCUGUUGAAUUACUCUCCAUUGCUUGAUCUUACCGACUCAAAGUGUCACUGCGAUUGCUUACAAUAUCUUUUGAACGAGCUUCAAAAAGUUGAGCUGUUGACUGAAACACAGGCAAAGGCACUUGUGCAUCGUAGACAGACGAACACGCAAAAGCAGAACCUACCACGACCUGAUCAGCAGACAUCCCAAGCAUUGAUUCUUCGUGCCGAGCCCACGGUCACUAGUAUCCUUAAAACACUGGAUUCGGACUAUUCAAAGAACCAAGAUGGUCUGCUGGGCAUUCUGUGUCACAUUAUAUCGGGGAAGAGCUUUGAGCUUAUCCUUUCUGCUGCUGCAGCUACUGGGAAGUUGAGCAGUUUUGUGAAAAAGCUGAUAAAAUUCAAUGAAUAUAACAAACAGGUUAGCGGAGAAGCUACUAAGAAUGCACAAACAAGGGCACUGUUAUUUGACAUAACUUUCUUGAUGCUGUGUCACAUUGCACAACAUUAUGGUAUCCAUUCAGUGACCUUUAACGAAGAGACAAAGGACUCUUUCUUUGCGGCAUGGGUGCCAGAAUGCCUUGCCGAAGGUGGAAGGUACAACUGUCCAGAUAAAAUGUUAGCUGGAUGUGAUCCUGCUAAAGUUGACUUGGUGUUGGAGCAGUUCAUGAGCAACAGCUCAGACUUCAAGAACAGCCAGGCUAAGUGGCACGAAGUGUGUGUUAAUGUGCCUAUGGCAAUCAAGGAGAUAUUGAUAGCGUGGGAGCAUGGUGCGAUCUCAACUGACACUGUAAAAAUGAUUUUAGACAAUGUUAAAAGCCGCAUGUGCUGCCUUCCCGUGUGCGUAUCUGUUUGGCUGUGCAGCUACAUUACUGUCUUGCAUCACGAAGAACGGUUAAAGCCGAUGAACAUGCUUCAGCAGUUUAUGACACCGCUUACUAGCGAAAAUGCUGCGAGCACGGAGCCAGGUAGUGAGCGCUCAGGUGCGCAGGAGCAGUCCCUCCAACAAAACCCCUCAUACAAGGAGCGCUCAACACUUAUGUCGAAUAUUAUUAAGAAAAUGAUGUACGAUUUGCACCCUCCCCAACACAUUCAAGUGCUAUCACAUAGCCUGACAGUCAAGACUCCCUUGUGGAAAGUCAUGGAGGAUGUGUUUAGUGCGGCUCGUAAAAAGGGCUGGAUUGAUUUGCGAGCUAUUCAGAGCUUGGACACGCUUAUGUGCGUUGGCGGUCCCCAGUGGUUCAGUGACACUUUAGUGAGACAGGCACUGAAGCAUGACCACCUUGAAGACCUGCAUCGUGCCAUUGACCUUUCUUUCGGCCUAUUUCACAUCGACAUUGAGCAGUGUGCACUUGCUCUCCUCACUCAAGUGCUCCCAAACUACCUCCUCUGGGAAACACGACAAGACUUUCUCACCGAGCCGAGAGGCUCUGCCUUGGCAAGGCUUGUGGUUCUCAGCACGUUUGCUGCGCUGCAGGCCCGAACAAACUCACCGACCUUGGGCAUGCAGAGAGGCGGCCGCAAACGCCCGUACUGGGACAUGGAACUCGAAGAGGCCAUGGAUGAAUCAAAGAGAAUGCGUCCCAGCAAGAUAAGGCGAGGCCUCAAUGACUCGGAGCUUCUGGACGACACUCCGUUUGCACUCCAGUGCCACUCCGAAGAAAACUACCGCUCACUGGACCCUCUCAGCAAGGCAGUGGCCGACACGAUGAGGCUGUUAAUGGCUAUUGCCUCGGACUCAGUUAUCAGCCAGCGAUCAGUGUUCCCACUCCUUCUGUUUGAACAGAUUGUGCUCUGCGCAGGUGAAGAGGCACACCGUGUUCUCCAGUUUGCCCCAUUGGGCCUCGUGCCGCAGCUGGUGCGGAGCAUGCCCCUUUUAAUGUCCCACCAACUGAUUCUAGCCCUGAGCAGUUUGCAGACAUCUAGGGCACGCAAGGUGACUGCCAGGGCCACCUGCCAGUUGCAGAUAGCGCGGUCCCUGAGCAGCACUCACUUAACUUAACAGAAACUUGGAACUCAUAGCUGCAUCGGUCACCCAAGUAUGGCAUGCCGAAGGCCCAGAGUACACAGUUUGAGCUGUAUUCGUCUGUCUUCUUUGCUAUGCUAAGUUGGAAACUGUAAAAUGCUGAUGAAUUGGCAAAUGUAAAAAUGAAACCAUGCAGUGUUUGUCCUGGUUAAAUGAAUGCAGGUGCACUUGGAUCGUCAAUGUGUUGCGAAAAUUACCUACUAUUAGCAUCACCAAAGUGUAGCUCAAUAUGUAUAUGAUGAGCUACCGUUCCUCUUUUGAGUUAGUUGCACUAAUAGGUCAGAAAUUUAAGCAGGGUUACAUGGUGCAUUGCAAUCAAUGUGCAACAUAGUGGCAGAAAAUAAUGACACGUAAACUAUGUGGUUUAAUAUUGCUAAGGUGUGAAUGACGGAGUCGUUUCAUGUAUGUUUUCCCUCAAGAAUGUGAAAAUUUUUGUCUUUGCUCGUACAAGUUUAGACAAUAACAAAGGCGUUGUUUCUUCAAUGAAACAAUGUAAUGGAACCUCGUACAUAUAAAUGAAUAAAAUACCCUUUCUGGUUUUUAG